AUGCUACACAGAUACUCUUUCGAGUCCAACACGGACGAACAGCAGCCUCUCGACAUCAUCUACAGCUCUCCCCAGCAUACCGCUGACCGACGACAACCACCACAGCGCCGCCAGAGCUCAUUUUACGACGACGACCCCAAUGGAUCUUACUACGAUCCGCCUUCUCCACCACCACCGGCCCGCGGCCAUAACGCAAACUCCGGGCAACAACGCUCAUGGCUUCCGGCCGGCGCUGCCAUGACUGCGGCUCCACCGCCUCUUACGACGACAAUUCAGCACGCAGGCGACGACCAGGUGUACCAGGUGUCGCCCAUGUCCCCGCCACGGCCUCCACCGCACCGCCGCUCGACCCGGGACCCGCAGUACUCCUACCCCCCGUCCGCGUCUGCCACCGGUCAGCUGGCGCCGUCUAUUGUCACACCGGGCGCUGACAACUUUGGCGACUCUGCCGCCGGCGGCAUGGCUGCCAUCGCAUACACGGUGGCCGAGCAGAACGCCCGCGAUAGCGGACUGCAGGCCAUGCGGGGCAUCUCGCAGCCACAGCAGCAGAGCCCAGCCUAUGGGGAGGAGCGCUACGACGAUCCGGACUUCCAGUACCAGCAGAGACCAGCGCCCCUGCGACCCCGAUCGUUUGCCGCAGCAGGGCAGAGCUCCAACAGGAGCUCGGGGUCAAGCCAGCAAGGACUGGGCACGGCAGCACUGGUCCCUGGAGGUGCGACGUCCAGAUCCGGAGCACCGUCACGACGCCCGCCUAGCUACGCCACAGACGUGUACGCAGAUGACCCGUACCAAGGCUAUUCGGGACAUGACCCGAACCUGGGCGUCCUCGACCCGAGCGAGAUCGAAGACGAUGGGGACGAAGGGCUGGAGUACGGCCGACGCAGAAGCACCCGUAUGUCGGUGAUGAAUCGCGUGGGCCACAGCCGACGGCGCGACGGUCGCAGCAAAGCCGUGCCCGCAGUGGCAGCAGUCGGUGCCGUGGCAGCCGGAGGAGCAGCAGUGGCGGCGGCUGUGGGCAAUCGCCUCAGCUCGGGAGUGCACUACAGCGCAGUGCAAACUGAGGGGCACGGUGGUCGAGGCGACAGCGGCAGCGGUGUUAUUGGUAUUGGUAAUGGUGGCGGUGGUGGCAGUGGUACUACCGCUGUUGCCGUCGGCUCUCAUGCAUAUGACGACGGCGGCAGCGCCGAAAAAUCAGAGUGGCUGGCAGGCCAGAGCACCAGCUCGAAGCGGUGGCGCUGGGCGGCAGCGAUUGGGCUGGGAGUGGCGAUCGUGGCGGGCAUUGUAUGCGGCGUCGUGUUUGGCGUGGUGCUCAAGAACAAAAACAACGGCAGCAGCAGUGGCAGCAGCAGCUCCAGCAGCUCUAGCAGCGAGCUGUCGAUUAAGAGCCCGGAGAUCCAGAAGCUGCUCAACAAUACGAAGCUGCACAAGGUGUUUCCGGGCAUCGACUACACGCCUAUCAACACGCAGUACCCCGACUGCCUGACACACCGGCCGUCACAGAACAACGUGACGCGCGACGUGGCGGUGCUGUCGCAGCUGACGAACACGAUCCGGCUGUACGGGACGGACUGCAACCAGACGGAAAUGACAAUCGAGGCGAUCAACCGGCUGGAGAUGCAGGACACAGUCAAGAUCUGGAUGGGCGUGUGGCAGGAUGGCAACGCGACGACGAACGCGCGGCAGCUGGAGCAGAUGUGGGACGUGCUGGAUGCCAGCGGAUCGGAGCCGUUUGUGGGCAUCAUCGUGGCGAACGAGAUCCUGUUCCGCAAGCAGAUGACCACGACGGAGCUGAGCAGUCUGCUGUCGGAGGUGCGCAGCAACCUGUCGGCGCACGGGGCCGAGGGGCUGCCGGUGGCGACGUCAGACCUGGGGACGGUAUGGGACGCUGCGCUGGCCGAGGCGUCGGACUACGUGAUGGCCAACAUCCACCCGUUCUUCGGCGGUGUCAACGCGACGGACGCGGCGGCCUGGACAUACGACUUUUGGGAGACAGACGUGGGGGCGGCCUUCAAGACGAACACGAGCCGCAACAUCAUCAGCGAGACCGGCUGGCCGUCUCAGGGCGGCGAGGAUUGUGGCACGGGAUCGACAGAGACGAGCUGUCCAGAUGCGGCGGUGGCCGGCAUUGGCGAGCUCAAUCGGUUCAUGGAGGACUGGGUGUGCCAGGCCUUGGCCAACGGGACGCAGUACUUUUGGUUUGAGGCGUUUGACGAGCCGUGGAAGAUCUCGUACGAUACAGACGGCGAGGCCUGGGAGGACCAUUGGGGCCUGAUGGACGUGAACCGGAAUCUGAAGACAGGCGUGACGAUUCCGGAUUGUGGCGGGCUGACAGUGUAG